GGAGGCUGCCGGUGCGGAAACGUCAGAUAUGAGUCGUCUGGGAAGCCCAGCGACAUCACACUCUGCUACUGCGGUGCCUGCCAGCAACUGUCUGGCUCAGGCUAUCUUCCAUUCGUCGACGUACCCACCGAUGGACUCACCUUUACUGCGUCGUCCACGCUCAAAAGCCUGAGACUCUCAGACGUGGCAGAACGAAGCUUCUGCUCCAGCUGUGGGUCACCCAUCUCGAUGAGGUACAUGGACGAGAUGGAGACCACGGGCAUCACGAUGGGCUCGGUCGAUGUGGCGAGUGUCAGGGAUUGGACGCCGAAGAUUAGAAAGCACAUCUUUCUGGGAGAGAAGGCGGCCUGGACCGUGGUUCCUGAUGAUGGAAGUCCAUGGUUUGAAGGGUUCUCGGAUGGAAGGGGGAAGGUGGAGCCGUUCUGCGAGCCUAGAUGA